AUGACAAAUCGUACCGUUAUUUUUGGCAAACCUUUUUGUUCAACGGAAUUAUUAGCUGAUGAAUGCGCUCAAACUGUAUUCAAAACAAAACGAAUGGGCCGAAAUUGGAAGGAAAUUAAUCAAAAAUUGAAUAUAGGUGUGAAAAAGGAGAGGUCAAAGCUAAAAUUAGUAUUGAAAAAAAGCAACAGCGAAUUUCCGAACAGGAAAACGGAUGGUUUAGCGGCAAUUGUGAAUGGUGUAUUAUUCGCAACGGAUCAGGAUUUAUUGGAUGCAAUAAGGGAAUUCCGGAAUAUGCCAAUUAUGUCAGUAUUUGUGGACGCUAUUGGAUUAGCCGGGACAAUGACAGCAUAUACGGUUGGUAAAAAUGCUUUUACAACUGAAGCGCCGGAAUUUUUAGAACGUUUCCUGCAAGCACUUUCACAAACCACAAAAAUUGAUAUUGCUAUCAUCAAUGAUCUUAAAAUUUGGAUGAAAAAUACAAACGACAAAUAUUACGCGAAACAGAUAGCAUUUACUAUUGCAAAUCUUUAUCGUCGCUAUUGUCAAUCAACAAAAAGUCGCAAAUAUGCAUGCAAAUAUGGGAAAAAUGAUGAUAUAAAUGAGUUCACGAAAUCUAUUAUUGCACAGUGCAAGGAUAGCGACUGUCAAAUAAACGCAUUGCAAAUUUUUGAAAAUUUACCUUUAUUGAAUUUAUUACCUUAUGCAAUUCAAUUUCUGUGUGUUACAAAUAAUAGUGAAAACUUAGUUCAACAAGAAGCACUGCGAUUUCUUCAACUUUUUGAUGGAAAAUAUUUUCAUUGGAAGACAAUUAACAAAUUACUUCGUAUCUUUUAUAAUGCAUGUCCUUUACGUCAAACAAUUACUGAUCAAACGCUUGCCAUUGAGAUAUUACUAAAUAUUAUACCAAAUGCAGAAUUAAUUGGGACAUAUUUCUUAAGGUCUGAAGAACUUUUUCCAGUAGAGCAAGAAAAAUGGGCUUACUUUUAUAGCAGCGUUGCUCGAAAGCGGCAAACUUCACCAAAUUUCAAAUCAUACUGGGCCAAAAUGCGUUCAUUUCGAGUAUUUCAACCGAAUUAUGCACAUCGUAGUUUAAACGCUACCUCAGAUGUUUCUGCAAUUAAUAUCGCAGGUAACUGGUAUGAUUAA